UGGACAUUAGGUGGACUUCCCAAUGAUGACAGGAGCUGCUUCUCCGAUCUUGUCAAGCAAGUUUUCUAUGCCAUGAAUAAUACCACCAUGCCCACUUCUGCUGGGCCAACCAAUGACUCCCUGGUGGGCUAUAUUCUAGUGCCGUUUUUCCUUAUCACUAUUGUUGGCAUCGUCAUGGCAGUGAUGAUGUAUAUCCAGAAAAAAAGGAGAUACGAUCGACUACGCCAUCAUCUGUUGCCAAUGUACAGUUAUGAUCCUGCGGAGGAGCUGCAUGAGGCUGAGCAAGAACUCCUAGUGGAGCCAGAGGACACUAAAGUCAUGCGAGGUUGGGGAGGAUACCAGCCCUAUCGAAAUUCAUUUAUGGAUGUGAAAGCUUGAUGGUACUCAGCUCAGACUGAUCGUAAGAGUGUAGAUGGAUGACCUACCUGGCAUGUGUGCCAACCUGAAUGCCAUUAACGUUGCUGCCUUUCUUUACACUUCAGUACUACAGCCUCUUGCCGUGACUUCCAGUAACAAGGUGUAAUGGGUGCCAGCCGUGUCAAGGAGAUUGGCACUGGACACCUGGUACAAAGAGCAGCCUAAGGAGUUGGAGAAUUGUGUUUGGAACUAGGACAGCUUGCUAUGUGGCAUCAUUCUUCGUAUCAAUUGUCUCCUGGUUUGCAUUUUAUGUGGAUGAAAAGAUACAGGAGUUUAUGGAUUUUCGACUAAAAUAUUACUGAAUAGCUCUUGCAUUAUGGGCGUCAAUCCUCAAAAGCUUGGCUUCAUUAAAAAAAGCAAAAACAAAGCAGUCAACCUCGGUUUCCUUUUGUGAACAAAGAGCAUCAGAAUGCAGCUGCUAUGAUAUUCCAGCACACAUUGCUAGCUGCCUUCUCAAGGGUGUAUUAUUUAAAGUUGUUGGAUUCCUGUAACAUGUUGCUGAACAGAUGCAAACAAAGUGAAUAAAAUUGCCAAAUGCAUAACUCAGUGCUUGAGGGGUGGUGGUAUACUUCUUGAAAUAGGGAUAAUGGGUAUAUGUCACCAGCUUUGGAAUUGUUUGUGUGUUACAUGCUGGGAGGAUGCAGUUUAGCUAGGAAGUUCAUAUAGAUGCUUAGCAUGUCUAUCAGAAAGGACCAUAGUUAUUUCUGAGAGCUAUUUUCUUUGAUGACAUGUUUGAGCUCAAUAGGGACUUACUGUAUAUUUGGUAUUUGAGAAAUCAUCUGUUUUAUAAAUAAAACUGAACCUGACUAGGAGUACCUGUGGCAAAACAAACAAGCUUUUCCAGUACUAUAACCUGUUAUGCCUGUGUUUGUGAAUACAGCUUGUUACCAUUGAUAUACCUGUGAUGGACUGACAUACUGGUGCAGCAGUGUCACUGCUGCUUUGCUGAAGCUGAUUUGUGCUACUCAUUGCUUGCUGAACUCAACAAAUGGACACAGAUUAUGCACCUAAUGAGAAAGCUGCACUGGUAACUUUGAGAAAAUGUCUUAAUGCCUUUAUGUCUUUUUCCCCCGAAGUUUUGAUUUUAAGCAAAGUUGGGGGUCUUCCACACAUUUUAAGAAAAUUGGGAUGCAACUUAUAUUGCAUAUAUCUGAUGCCUUUUGAGGUUGACAAUGUAUUCCUAAUGCAAAGAAAAAGAUUGGCGAUUGUGGUUCUGGAAAUAAAGUUAAUUUCUCCAUGACAACACUGAAUGGCAAUGCACAUUGUAACCAUUGCUUCUCUUCCUAAACACACAAGGUUAAUGAACUGGUGGUGCAGCUACGUGGGCUGAAUCCAUGAAGAAAAAUAGUUGCCAUUUCCUGCAUCAUCUUCCAAUGAAAUCAAUAUGGACUCUGCACUGUAAUUUGUUUUAUGUUGUCCCCAUCUGUAUGCCUUUAAUUUAUAUCUCAUAUUGCUAUUACUCCUUGCUUUGUUAUGGGUCUGCAGGCAAAAAACUGCAGUCAUGAUUUACAUCCAGUCAUGAAUUUUAGUUCCUAAAUGUACUGAAUGCUUGUUCUUUCGUUUAUGUACUGCAUUUACUUCCAUACUGCUAAAUGUCUCAAAA